AUGAGUACUUUGCAAACACCGGCUUCUUUGCCUGUGAAACUAAUACCGUCUAACAUCCGUCCAGUGGCAUAUCGAAUUUUAUCUAAAAAGCAUGGUCUCAAUAUUCAAACUGAUGCUUUGGAAGUGCUUACAGAUGUAAUAAGUACUAGGUUUGGUGCAGAAUGGAGAGGAGCGAAAACCCAGAGCUUUAUCGAGGAGAUUGCCAAAUCGUGGAAACAACAAGACAGAGGAGUUUUCAUUGAUGGGAAUGGCCUCAAACAAGUCAUCAAAGAGCUCACAAAAGACAAGAGCGGUGCAAAAACAAUGAGCAGUUUCAUAGAACCUGUACGAGCAGAACGUCUGGAUACGCUUGUAGAUAUGGGCAAUGAAAUUGGAAGCGACAAAGAGCUACUCAACUGGGAAGAAUAUUUUCGCUUUGUUACGCCCGACAUCCAGCCCAAUUUCAAGUUCGAUAAGGUCAGGAAACAGUUUGCUUUACAACCUGUUGCAGGAAGCAAACUCAAAAGCACAUAUGAUUCGUCAAUGAGCUAUUUUAGUCAGAGAUAUAAUUUAACUCUUGACAGACUAUCUCGAGAUGAGAAUUUUCACAAAACAUCCUUUUCAAGCAUUGCCGCUCUCAAUACCUCCCUUAAAAAGCCGUCUGGCUACGAAAUCACGCUAAUCAAAAAUGUUCUUGGUCGAGAUGGUCUGCGUUUUAUGUUGUUCGGCCUUUUGUCGAAAAACAUAAACGGAAAUUACAUAUUGGAAGACACUUCGGACUAUAUUGAGCUCAACAUGACCCAGGCACAUAAAACGGAGGGAUCUUUCUAUUGUACCGGUAUGCUUGUCAUCAUCGAAGGCAUUUAUUCCGCUUCGGGUGGCUCAAUGAGUAAUGAUGCCAGUGUUAUCAGCGGAUGCUUCCAUGUUUCCAACAUUGGUCACCCCCCUGCGGAGCGUAGAGAGAUUGGUCUUGAAGUUUAUGGAAAUUUGGAUUUCAUGGGCAUUCAUUCUGAUGCAUUGACUCAAACAAAGAGCAGUGCUUUGGUGAAAGUGGACAAGGCAUUGCGAAGGAAACUUUCAGCAUUGGAGAAGCUGUUAGUGAACCACAAACUCCUAUUGCUUGGGUGCAAUCUUCAUCUCGACGAUGCAAAAAUUGUGCUGGGGCUUCGAAAGCUUUUUGAAAAGUUGGAAGUCACUUUGGAAGAGCAACAAGACAACCCUCAAAGCGACAAACCAUUGGCUAUAAUCAUGCCUGGUUCUUUUGUUUCUCAACCACUUGCUCCUAUAAGUGGGACAGUACAUCUGGCUUCUAGUUCUGAAAAUUAUAAAAACAAUUUUGACAACUUUGCUGAGCUCUUGUCGAAGUUUCCAUUGGUGGUAAACAGAUGCAAAUUUGUUCUUGUCCCCGGCCCAAAUGAUCCUUGGCAAUCUGCGUACUCCCUUGGAAGAUUAAACUUGAAUACUCUUCCCCAAAGCCCUGUACCCAACGUUUUUGUAACUCGACUUGAACGUUUGUUACCAAAGGGAAAUCUUAUUUUAGGCUGGAACCCUAUGCGGAUAAAUUAUAUCUCUCAAGAAAUUGUGUUGUUCCGAGACGACCUCAUGGACAAGUUCAAGAGGAACGAUAUUGUGUUUCAGCACGAUUUAGAGCUUGAAAAAUUGCAGUUGAAAAGAGAACAACAGGGCGAAGAUAAGAACGUCGAGAAUAUCAUCGGCGGAAACGUGCACUUGACUCCUAAGGUAAAACAAGCCCGGCAGCUCGUGAAAACUUUACUUGAUCAAGGUAACCUCCAGCCAUUUCUCAAAGACUUAAGAGUAGUCAAUCCUAAUUACCAUCAUCUGAUGCGCAUAGAUUGUCUCCCGACAACCAUCGUAUUGUUUGAUUCAAGAUUCGAAUGUUUUGAUGUGACCUACAACGGCUGCAAGGUAGUAAACGUGGGAAGUGCAGUGAGCAACCAAAACACCAGGAAAUUGAACUAUGCCGAAUACCUGCCUUGCAUGAAAAAGUACAAAUUCGAGAGCAUAUACUUUUAA